AAAGUCAUACCAAAAAAUGACUAGAAUCAUUGCUGUUGCUCUGUUUUGCUUCUUCUUAUUCUCUCUUGAAGCCAUGUCCCAACCUUUUCCAAAUCUAACCGAUUGCAACAAAGGACCCGGCUCUUAUCAAUCAAACCGCAACAUCGUCCUCUCAACUCUUCGCAACCGAUCCUCCCUCGGAAGCUAUUAUUCCAAUGCCACGGCCGGUCUUAGCCCAAACACGGUCUACGGCAUGUUCCUAUGCAUAGGAAACAUAAGCAAAACAUCUUGUUCAAACUGUGUCCAUUCCUCAACGUCAGGAAUAGCUAAAUACUGCUAUUCUCAUGACAGCUCUUUCAUGUUCUCUGAUGAGUGUAUGGUUCGGUACUCGGACGUUUCUUUCUUCUCUCUCGUAGAGGAUGCACCUACCUCCUCUAGUUACUCUCAGAAUGAUUCUUUAAGUCAUCCGCAAUUUUUCAAUAAAACACUUCCUGGAAAAAUAGAUAAGCUUGUCCUCAGAGCAUCCUCAUCUUUGUCGUCACCGGUUCCAUAUUUUGUGGAAGAUCAAGAACAUGUGACUCAAUUGGAAGGUUCGUAUGAUUUAAAGGCAAUGGCCCAGUGUAGUCCUGAUCUUGAUCCAAGCAACUGCACCGUGUGCUUGGGACUUGUAGUCGAAAAAUUCUCCGAGUGUUGCAGCCAAUCUCGUUGGGCUCGGAUCCACUUUCCUAAAUGUCUCCUCAGGUACAACAUCUCUGCUUUGCAACCAAACCUAACGAGUCUUGGCGUUACAAAAGGUGAUGAUAUAUCUGGGAGAACGUUUAUCGCAAUCAUGAUAGCCAUGUCCCAAGCUUCUCAAAUGCUUAUUGAUUGCAACCAAUUCGACAACGUCACUGGAACUAGCUCUUAUCUUUCAAAUCGCGACACGGUCCUCUCCACUCUUCGCAACCGUUCCUCCAUCGGAAGCUAUUCCAACGCCACGGCCGGUCUUAGCCCAAACACAAUCUAUGGCAUGUUCCUUUGCAGAGGAGACCUAAACAGAACAUCUUGUUCAAACUGUGUCAAUGCCACAACGUUAGAAAUCUAUAAAUCCUGCUUUUAUCAUAAAUCAGCUUUGGUAUUCUCUAACGAGUGUAUAGUUCGGUACUCGAACAUUUCUUUCUUCACGCUCGUAGAGGAUAUACCUAACACCGCUAGAUUCUCUCCGCGCAGUUCUUUCGAUUCUCCGCAAUUUUUCAACCGAACACUUCUUGAAAAAUUAGACGAACUUAUCCUUAGAGCACCCUUGUCUUUAUCGUUACCAGUUCCAUAUUUUGUGGAGGAUCAAGAACAUGUUACUCAAUUGGAAGGUUCGUAUGAUUUACAUGCAAUGGUCCAGUGUAGUCCUGAUCUUGAUCCAAGAAACUGCACCGUUUGCUUGAGACUUGCGGUCAAAAGACUCUCGGAGUGUUGCAGCCAUGCUAAGUUUGCUCGAAUCUUCUUUACUAAAUGUCUCAUCACGUUUGAAAUCUCCAAUUUGCAACCGAACGUGACGAGUCUUGGCGUCACAAAAGGAAAUGAAAUAUUUGGGAGAACGUUAAUUGCAAUCAUGACAGCUUUGGUGUUACCACUAGUGGUUUUAUGAUCAAAUAUAGUGAUGGUUUAAGGAUUUGUGCGAUGUGUUGUGUUCUCGUAUAUGUAGAUUCAAAAACCUAGGCAAACAAAAAUAUAGACAUUUGUGUAUA